AUGCUUCUAGAAGGCAGCAUUCAUGGUCCGGCAGCAAUGUUUCGCUGGGCUCAAAUCGAUCACGUUCAUCAGCGAAUCAUGAUCAUCGAUCGUCCGGAUGCAGCAGACAUGGGGAUGAGUCUGAAAGUUGUUACGCAAGUCCGAACUAGUAGCCCGUUUUCAAUAGGGUCAAAACUUGAUGAAUAUGAUGAUAACAAUGACGUAACAUAUGUGGCAGCUGGCACAGCUCCAGUACCCACAUUUCAUGUAAAUUCCUGCGGCGCUGCUUCAAGUCACUCGACUGCCGCGCCGAUCACCACGUUUGCAGCGCCUGUGAUGUCGGCUGGUGCUGCCAGUCAUCCUGUAUCCACCUAUCCACCAGUACUGAAUCUUCCCAUCGAUCAAUGUGAUCUACGACAUUUCGAUCAAGGAGUGCCGUUGUUGGGCAGCAAUACGGACGAGUUAUCGUCGUCUGCACAGCUGAUGUUUAGUCGAAAAGGCCCA